AUGGCUACCUUCUUGUUUUUCGUAGCCAUUGUUAUUUUCUUGAGCGCAUCCUAUGCGGAUCACACUUACAGGUAUAAUGUCGGUAAGUUUUUCAGUUUUUCUUCUAUUCAUGCCGUUUCUGAAAAUAUUAAAACACGAUUUCUGAGUCAGUGAAUCAGCCGCCAGUUAGGCCUGGACAUAGAAAAAAAUCGAUUUUGAGUUUUUGAUUUUAAAAUGACCGCAGGCAUCCAGUAAACAUAUUACUGAAAUAUUUUUGCCUAAUUCUCUCAUUAACCUACUGCAAUUUACAAUUUAAUGUUUUUACAGUAAUCGACUAUUACAGCAUAACUACUCACUAGAAAUGGCUGAAAUUGAGAAUACUGAUGUUUUCGGGUAUGCUCGUCAUUGUGAAUCCAGAAUUUUGGCGGUCGGGUUACUGUAACACACCGCAAUAUGGUUUCGGCCGAACAAAAUCGGCCAUAAAAAAUUUGUUUCUGAAAUGCCGCAGCUGAUUUUUACAUAUGUUAAUCAGCGUAAAAUUCUGCCCUAGAAACAUUUAAAAAAAGUGUAAAAAGUCAUCACCCCUUUUUCGUGGUGUAGUGGAUUUUGGUCAAAUUUAGUAAUCCGAAGGUCGCGGGUUCGAUCCCCGUGGAAGGAAAAUGCGUAAAACUGUACAAAACCUCAAAAAAUUGGUUGAGGUGGAUUGAUUAUGUAUUCCAGAAGUAUGAAAAAUUGUAUCAAAGUUGAUUUCCGAAUUUGAAAGCAUUUUUUUGAUGAUGAAACUUGGAUUUUGGUUUCCGUGGAUUAUGGUGCAAAUUUAGUCUAGGAAAUAGCUACAGUUGUUUAUAAUUAGGUUUUUUAGCCUUCUGAAUUCAAUGGAGCAGGGUUUUUGGCCAUAGGAUUACUGUAACAUAGACAAAACGGAUUUCGGCCGCUUAAAAUCGGCCGUAAAACGGUUGUUUCUAAACACACGUAGCUAAUUCCUCAAUUUUUGGAAUCAGCGUGAAAUUUCACCCAAUUUUCACCUAAACAAUGGCUUAUUGGUUGAAUACUUUUUUUUCAGUAGUGACUUACUUUAAAACUUGGAAAUUGUAAAUAAAACUAUAUUAGCGAAAGAAUUAGCCAAAAAUAUUUUGAGGCUAAGUUUCAUCAACGUAUGCAAACAUUUCUAGACCAAAAUCUCAGAUUUUUUUUUUCGAUUUCCACGGAUGACUUUUUUUUACUGAAAAAAUUCUAAUCUGCUCGAAAAAAUCCUUGGAAUUUGUGCGACCAGUUAGGAUAUUAUAUUUAAUGAUUCUAGAGCAGAAUUUCACGCUGAUUCCAACAAUUGAGGAAUUAGCUGCGUGUGCUUAGAAACAACCGUUUUACGGCCGAUUUUAAGCGGCCGAAAUCCGGUUUGUCUAUGUUACAGUAAUCCUAUAGCCAAAAACCCUGGUCCAUUGAAUUCAGAAGGCUAAAAAACCUAAUUAAAAACACCUUUAGCUAUUUCCUAGACUAAAUUUGCACCAUAAUCCACGGAAACCCAAAUCCAAGUUUCAUCAUCAAAAAAAUGCUUUCAAAUUCGGAAAUCAACUUUGAUACAAUUUUUCAUACUUCUGGAAUACAUAAUCAAUCCACCUCAACCAAUUUUUUGAGGUUUUGUACAGUUUUACGCAUUUUCCUUCCACGGGGAUCGAACCCGCGACCUUCGGAUUACUAAAUUUGACCAAAAUCCACUACACCACGAAAAAGGGGUGAUGACUUUUUACACUUUUUUUAAAUGUUUCUAGGGCAGAAUUUUACGCUGAUUAACAUAUGUAAAAAUCGGCUGCGGCAUUUCAGAAACAAAUUUUUUAUGGCCGAUUUUGUUCGGCCGAAACCAUAUUGCGGUAUGUUACAGUAACCCGACCGCCAAAAUUCUGGAUUCACAAUGACGAGCAUACCCGAAAACAUCAGUAUUCUCAAUUUCAGCCAUUUCUAGUGAGUAGUUAUGCUGUAAUAGUCGAUUACUGUAAAAACAUUAAAUUGUAAAUUACAGUAGGUUAAUGAGAGAAUUAGGCAAAAAUAUUUCAGGAAUAUGUUUACUGGAUGCCUGCGGUCAUUUUAAAAGCAAAAGCUUAAAAUCGAUUUUUUUCUAUGUCCACGGCUGCUACACUCACUCAGAAAUCGUGUUUUAAGCUUUGAUUUACAAACCUUUCCAUCUUGAAUAACCAUAUAUAUUAAUAUUUAGCAUUUUUAAAUUAUCAAACGGUAUUUUAAAAUCCCUUGUAGCUUAUCCAUCCAGUCCAUUUUUUCUUGUCCGUUUUGGUGAUGACAAACGGGAGGCGAAAGUUUUAUUGGACACAAAUCGACCGUACACGAUGGUAUUCGACAAAGUCUGUGGCGAUAAGGGAUUUGAAUGUACGAAGAAUAAGCACGAUUAUUUGUAUGACUACAAGUAAGAGUUGGCUUGCUGACGUUCUCAAUGAAAUCUCGAUAUUUUUAGAAAAACAAACGGUAAACUAACCAACAAAACUUUGAUGGACAAGUACGAUUACAAUCGAAAUUUUGGAGGAUUUUUGUUUACCGAUGUUGUGAGAGUGGACUCUAUAGGAUGCCACACAGAUGUGCUUGUUGUUGAUCACGGCCACCCCAGCUAUAAUUUUGAAUGGGACGGGGUUUUGGGUCUUGGGAUUAGCAAUGGAAGGACCAAUAUCAUCAAGAACAUUAUGACCGACAUUUCAACGGCACAAAUUGUAAUUCAAGAAGGGAAAUAUAAUAUUCCCAGAGUACGUACUAUCUUACAGCUACUAUGACUUUUGUAUCCAGUUAUUUAAACAUAUAUAACUUUAGAAAAACGCCAAAAAUGAGAUGAUUUCCAAAGGCUCCGUUGUGUUUGGCAAACUUCGAGGAAGCACCAAAUGUGGGCCAUUUACCUAUGUUAAUGCGACCGCGACUUCAUGGCAAUUUCGGGCCGAGUAAGCCUUUAGAUUUGUUAUUUUUUGCGUCAUACACAAUUGGUUUGGGUUUUCGGAUAUCCAAAUUCUUGCUGGCCAAAUUCCUAUGCAUCAGAUUCGUAUGAGAUCCGGUCGAAACUAGCUCCCUCGUCCGUUCUUAAUUCUUGUGUUGAUUUCAAAAGUUUCAGUGUUCACAUUGGAAACGAGACUUUAACCAACCAAAAAAUUGGGUUCGUUCCUGGUCGCCCAACCCAAGUACCUCUGUCCAUUUACAACGAGCUUUUUAGCGAUAAAAAAGCUACAGACGAGUCAAACUUCCAUGAGAUUUCAUUCUCAGUCGACGGAAAAACCUGUGGCAUAAACAAAAACGAUUAUCUUUAUUAUGUGGAAGCGGUAGGGACAAAUAAUAUGACACACAAAAUUUUAGGGCAAUUACUACGAACCCAUAAUCGAUAUCGCCUAUCCUAACUAUGGUUACGACUUUGCAUUUGGAAGUGAUUUUCUUCAACACUACUGUGUUGCAUUACGAGCGCACAAGUCUGUGGUGCAUUAUCAAAUCGGGUUUGCGGAGAAUUCAGCAAGAAGGAUUUGUUUUGCAACAACUUUAAUAAGUUCACUUGUCCUUGGAAUAUUGAGGAUACUUGUGUGA